UCACUGUAUAUGUUAAGGAAUUUUAUAGUACAAUAAAAAAUUAAAUGGGUAAAUUGUAGGAAUUUUGUCGACAAGAUAAAAAGGGGUUGGUUGCAAACAAAUUUAGGGGCAUAUAUCUAAUUGUAGGUGGGCAAUUCGAAAGAUGUUUUUAAAAUCUUAGACUAAAAAGUAAAUUUUGGAGGUUGAUAGUGGCUCCACCAUUGAUUGUAGUAGUAAUAAAUGUCCAUUUAAACAUUGCUCCAUUUGCUACUAAAGAGAGGAAAAUUUAAUUCUUUGUUUAUUAUAGCAUUAGAUGCAGAAAAUGGUAAAAACAAAAUUUCUGCUAUUUAACCAUUUUUAAAUUUUAACUCUUUUUUUUUUCUCUGUUCCCUUCUAUUUCUUUGUCAUCUCUUUAUUUGCACAACCAAAAUAAGAUUUGGGAAUCAGACUUGUUAUCAGAUGACAUUAGGCAGGUCAGGGAGCAGAGUUUCUUGGAGCUAUUUCGUUGUAAUACAAAUGACCAAACAAAAUUUAUGCAAAUGGAAAUUGUUUCUUAAAGUAGACAAAUAUAGCUUGGAGUCUUUGAAAAAUCUUGAUUUGCAUGAGACAAAUCAAGCUCUUUCUAUUUGGAUUGAGUUUACAUUGGCAUUUGGAGAUCUUUGAAAGUGGUUUACUGCUAAGACUUGAUUUCUUCUUAAACUCUGUAUAUACACUAUUACAUGUUUAAAUAAAUAUAAAACUGCCGGCCAAGACCUUUUCCCUUGAUAACAUGAUGUGCUCCUAGUCGUUGACUAUUCAUAAAUGCAAUGGUUGGUGGGAUUUUGUGAUCUUUUGUGUUUAAGUCAAAUCAAAGAGGUGUUUUAGAACCAUUUGAUAGUUUACUAUCAGAUGCCUAAUUGUCUGAUGCAGUAAGUCACGAUGAGCCUCUCUGCAGGAUGAAUUUCUUGCAUAAAAGUUUUAAUUAUUUGGUAACAUGCUGAUUUCUAUGGUUAUCGAUUCAUGUAGUUGCUGUUUCUUCUUGUUUUACUUUCUUAUUUUUGGCUGUAAAAUCAGCAUUUUAAUAGUUGUUUUCUUGAAUGGUCUUAACAUCAUUUAGCUAUGUUAACACCACUACUUAAUUGCACCAUGUAUCUUUUUCGGAGCUGAAUAUGUGUGUCUGGUUUAGGUUGACGUACUUAAACUUCUGAGGCAAUCCAAGUACUGGCAGAGGUCAGCUGGCCGGAACCAUGUAAUUCCCAUGCAACAUCCAAAUGCUUUUAAAUUUCUUCGAGAGCAGGUGAACGCAUCUAUUCUCAUUGUUGCAGAUUUUGGUCGCUACACUAAAAUCACGGCAAAUUUGAGCAAAGAUGUGGUGGCCCCUUAUAUGCAUGUUGUGGAUUCAUUCACCGAUGAUGACCCUCCAGAGCCACAUGAGUCUCGCACUACUCUUCUUUUCUUCCGGGGAAGGACAGUGAGGAAAAAUGAAGGAAAAGUUCGUGCUAAACUAGCAAAGAUAUUAGUUGUUUUCGAGGAUGUCCACUAUGAGCAUAGCUAUGCGACAGAAGAAAACAUAAAAGCGUCUUCGCAAGGGAUGCGUUCAUCGAAGUUCUGUCUAAAUCCUGUAGGAGACAUGCCUUCCUCUUGCCGCCUGUUUGAUGCUAUCGCAAGCCACUGUGUUCCUGUUAUUGUGAGUGACAAAAUUGAACUCCCCUACGAGGAUGAAAUCAACUACAAAGAGUUCUCUGUUUUUUUCUCUGUCAAGGAGGCGUUGGUUCCCGGUUACAUGGUUACAAAGCUCCGGGAAUUUCCUAAAGAGAGAUGGCUCGACAUGUGGAGGCGGCUCAAAAAUGUCUCCCAUCACUUUGAAUUCCAGUAUCCCCCGAAAAAGGAAGAUGCUGUGAAUAUGCUAUGGAGACAGGUAAAGCACAAGGUUUCCGCGGCCAGACUUGCUGUACAUAGAAGCCGGAGAUUGAAAGUGCCAGACUGGUGGCGCCGAAGGAGAUAGCUUGGAGGCUGCUUUUGCAGACAUAGGUGUAUCGCUUUUUCAUUUUUUAGAACCGUGUAUUCUAAGAUUUUUUGAUGUUUUAAAAAUAGGUAGAAAAAUAAAUGUAGGCAAGGAUUUUUGAAUUACAGAUAUGCAUGCACCAAUACUUCAUGCAUAUAAAAUGCAGAGCUUGAGUUAAAAUAUGUAUAGCAAAUGAUAGAGCACUUCAAUACAUUAUUAUAUCUUUGAAUCAAAUUUGUCUUCAAAAUUUUUCUCAUUCU